AUGUGGAACCAGGAACAUGGAAUCAUUGGAAGCGGUAGCAAUGUUGCGCAGACACCAGGCCUGUUUUGUUUGCCAGACCAAGGCUCAUUACCUGACGCUAAACAAGUGCAGUCUCUUAAAUUCCUUCAGCUACUUGUUUAUACUGCUGCUCAAGAAGGUGCUCAACAGUUUUUGGAAGUGAUCUUCAGUACCUCUGCUGGAAAAAUUGUCUUCAACAGUUACAAGGAUCGAACUCCUCUGCCAGAGGAUGUUGCAAGGGCCAAUGGCCAUGACAAAUUGGUGGAGUUAUUACAAGAUGUAAACAAAAGAUUGUCUAAAGAAAGUGAUAGUAAUAGUGUCACUUUGAGUACAAGUGAGUGGUUAGAGUUAGUCCAAGCAGUUGGCAAUGUUCAGAAACAGACUGUUUCUAAUGAUGAACAAGAAUCAUCAAGGAUACAACCUAAGGAUGAUGAUAACCAAAGUGACUACUUUGCUGAUGCUGAAACAUCUUCUUGUGGUUCCCAUGACCUUGUUGGUUACUGGUCAGAUUUACAAGUUGAAAAUGAACAUCGUCUAGCUGACGCGGACACUUCCUCUUGUGGAUCUUUUGAAGUUGACUCGGAACGGUCUGAUUCUGAAGACGCAGGAAGUUUUACACAAGAUAUAAAGCCAACAGAAAAGGAGUUCUCAUCCUUAAAUCCCCCAGUUGAACCAUCUUCUGAGGAAACAACCCAAUUUGACCAACCAGAGGACGAGGAAAAGACGAGUUUUAUAAAGACGAAAUUUGUCAGUGAAAUCUCAGAGGAGUUCUUUCCCCAGUCAGACUUUGCCAGGGCAAUCCAAGUGAUGCGCCUUUCCCAGUCAGAACCUGUUAGUGAAACCUCAUUGAAGCCCGUUCCCUUGUCAGGAUACCGUUCAGGGUUAGAAUUUUGUCCAGGUGUGCUUGAGGAUAAUAUCAGAGUGUUGGAUGCAAGCAGCAACCGAGGCUUUCUUGGACAUGUAAAAACAGAGAGGGAAGUUGAAGCUGAGCUGAGUAGAGUUGUAACUUAUGAUUUCUGGUUCAAAGGAUGCCGUUCAAGGCUAGAAUUUCGUCCAGGUGUGCUUUAG